CAUUUGGUUGAGAUAUCAUUAGAUUUGGAAAUUUCUUAUAAACUAUCUGAAAGUUUGAAUAUACAAGAUAAUGGACAACAUUUGGUUGAAAUAUCAUCAGAUUUGGAAAUUUCUUGUGAACUAUCUGAAAGUUUAGAUAUACAAGAUAAUGGAACUCACAAAGGACAGCAUUUGGUUGAGAUACCUGGUCUGUUACCUUAUAUUAAUGAACAAAUAGUAUUUGCCAUCAAUGAUACCUUUUCUAAUUGGCCUAUUGCAGAGCAUUAUGUUGGUUUGAUUUGUAUAACUAGUUUUUGUGAUCAUCAUGUCGAGCACCAGCUUUCACCGAAUACUAUGAUUUUUGCACCUGUUAAUCAUCAUUUCUCUAAUGAGUGCUAUAAGGAUAUUCAUCAUUUAGUAGUUAAUG